UUCAAAUUUCGAAUUUCGAAAUUAUCCCCAAAUCUCUGUUUUAUAGAUGAUGACGAUGAGAAGAGAAGUCGAAACUUGGCCGGAGAUGGAGGCGAUCGCUAAGAAGAUGGUGGAGGAGCUCGAAACAGAGAGCAGCGGAUCAUCGGAAGCUGAGACGGAGUCUCCGAGAUCCGUCGGACGUUGGGUAGCUGCUCCGAUCACUGCGACGACGGGUAGAGUACAUAGCCAGGUUUUGAAGAUCAGGGAGGAGGAUCUCUGCGUUCUCGUCGAAGACAAAGCCGCAAAUCCAGAGAAUCGGCGAUAUGUUCUUCCACGUCGUCUCGAUCUGUUCCUGAUCUCGCGGCCGAAUCUGCCGUGUUCGCCUCUCAGUGGAAAAGUUAGAUCCGUUAACGCUGUUCAGUGAUGAUUCCCAGAUCUAAAUCGAUCAAGGUUCGAUCGUCUCUCUCUAUCACUCUCUCUGUUUCUAAAUUACGCUAAACUUUUGAUUUCUGUAUUCAUAUGAUGAUGUAUUGAGCUCGGAUUAUUAUUGUUAAAUUCGCUUAUUAACUUAGUUUUUGGUUGAUCAUUUUUGU